AGACAAUCGAGCAAUCUCAUUGUCGCAAGUCACGAUCUCAUUUGGUCGGCCGUAAUGCUAACUUUAGUCGAACCUCUUUUUAACGUCGACGUCGUUGUGUCUUUACUAGUGUCAACCGUUAUUGCUUCCUCGGUAUGCACACGCGCGAACCGGAAGUCUCCGAAUUGGGCAUCUCCUACUUUGUCCAACGGGAUGAUCCAUGAUCCAUCAGCUUCCGUUCUAGGGUCCGAUACGCUCCUGCCGCGCGAACGGGGUUCUAUACCACAGUACAUUCGACAAUCCCAUCCUUAUUGCAGUCACUUUGCGGCAGUUCCUGGGCACGAGCGCGGAUCCGACGAAAUAAACUUAGUGGGAAUUGAUGACAAUGUUGAUCAAACAUUGACCGCCUACAUAUAGAGAGAUAUUCUGGAAAGGGGAGGUCAAGCGAGAAAAAACUCAACCCUAGAUACCCACAUCUGCCAAGGGCUUUUCUACAAGACGUUCUUACCAACUUGUUGAGUGUCUCUGACCUUCGUGGCUGCCACGUUUUGGAGCUAG